UCCAAUCAACUCUUGCUCCAUCGACACAGCACAGCUUUUUUGCACUGUGUUCACCAUCCAAAAAGUAACCCGAAAAGUGUUAUCGCGGGGUUCCGUGCAAAGCAUUUUAACUCGUUCCGUUUCCGUUGUUAUCGAAUGUAUUCGAAUCCGCAAACAGUUCGCGUUCUAGUCCCCCUUUAAUCGGUAGUGUAAUCCUUGCGCGAUUCAGCGUAGCGAAAAGAACGCAAUCCGAAAAAAUUGCUCCACGAACAUUACACACGGCCAUCUUGAAAGUCGAUCCCCUCGUCGCUUCAUCGUUCGUCGUUCCAUAACAAAACUUGCCAGGCUAUAAUCGCGUUCUCGUGUAGCCCGAAGGGACCGCCGGAAGCAUCCGUUGUGGACAAACGGGAUUUCCUAACGUACCGAACAUUGAACGCUCUCGUUCGGAAGCAAUCGUCAGCAAGCGAGCUGAACAACAAAAGGCAGUAGAAAUUUUCCUCUUCAAGUGACCCCAAUUUUCCAUUGUUGGAUUAUUUUUUCCGGCAUCAACCGGGAGCAAACCCUUGUGCGCUUCUAGAGGAUACUAACCGCGGCAGGAGAAGGAGCGAACAUUCUUGCCUUGUAUGUCUAGAUUAUGCCUGAUCUCUGUGACCAGAUGUAUGCAUAGCCAUGGCUGCGACGCGAAAGUUGCAAGGUGAGAUCGACCGGUGCCUGAAAAAAGUCACUGAAGGAGUCGAAACCUUUGAGGAUAUUUGGCAGAAAGUUCAUAAUGCCACUAACAGUAAUCAGAAAGAAAAGUAUGAAGCUGAUCUCAAAAAGGAAAUCAAGAAGCUGCAGAGGCUACGUGAUCAGAUCAAAUCAUGGAUCGCAUCCGGCGAGAUCAAGGACAAAAGUGCGCUGUUGGAGAAUCGACGGCUCAUAGAGACGCAAAUGGAGCGUUUCAAGGUGGUUGAGCGGGAAACUAAAACGAAAGCAUACUCGAAGGAAGGUCUAGGUGCUGCACAGAAAAUGGAUCCAGCGCAGCGCGAGAAGGAAGAAAUUAGCAGCUGGCUAACGAACUCGAUCAGCUCACUGCAGAUACAAAUCGAUCAGUUCGAGUGCGAGGUAGAAUCGCUGAUAGCCGGGAAGAAAAAGAAACUGGACAAGGACAAACAGGAGAAAAUGGAUGAGCUGAAGGGCAAACUGGAGAGGCACAAAUUUCACGUGACCAAACUGGAAACCCUACUUCGAAUGCUGGACAACGACGGUGUUGAAGUAGAGCAGAUUAAGAAGAUCAAAGAAGACGUGGAAUAUUACAUCGAUUCCUCCCAGGAGCCCGAUUUUGAGGAGAACGAAUAUAUCUACGAUGAUAUCAUCGGUCUCGAUGAGGUGGAGAUUUCGGGUAUUGGAACAUCAGCUGGUACGGAAAGCAAUAAUAGUAACGAAACAGCAGGAUCUCCAAGCAGUUUAAUGUCUGGAAAUAGUCCGUCGCAGUCGCCGGUGAUGAACUGCAGUGCAUCUACGAUACAUAACCAUAGUGUGGAGACCAUAGUAGACGGUAAUAUCGACAAGCGACCGAAGGAUGUCAAGAUUACGCCGGUGAAACCGACGGCAAUUCGGGCGAGUGUCAAGUUGGACAUCAAUGCACCUGUGGCUGCAGUCAUCAGUAAUAACACCAGCAUCAAUUCGUCCAAAUCGGUCUUGAUCAGCUCAACACCGAGUAAAAACCUGCCGAAUGCUGCCGCAGUGGUAGCGGGUCUAGUACCGAAUAGCAGCGGUAUCGUACCACCCCAGGCGCCGGCUGGUGGUUUAGUCCAACCAAUUAUUGGUCCAGCAUUCGCAGCUGUCGCGAAGCAGCAUCCUAAAAACGGUCCUUUACAUCAGUCCAGCGUCACCUCUUCGUCGACGGUGUCAUCCGUAUCAAGCGCUCCGGCGCCUACAACUGUGGUGCCCAAUGCAUCGGGAGCCGCUGUCAGUAACCUCAGUCAGAUUGUGAAUGCAGCGCAACCUACGCUUAGUCAACAGCUGCAGCAGGUUCAACAACAACAACAACAGCAGCAGCAGCAGGCCUCUCUCGCAUCCGGUCUACUGACGAAUGCAGCGGCGGUGGUAGCAGCCGGUGUUGGAGGUGCUAGCGGUAGCAAUGUCCAAUCGCAAUCUCAACAACAGCAGCCACAGCAACAGCAGGCACCGCAGGUCCCGGGUCAGAAUUCCAUACCACUUCCACACGGUGGCGCACUUACGUCCGCAUCCUCGGGAAUCGAAAACAAUCACGUGAUGACGACUUCAUCUGCGUCGACUAUCAGCAGUACUGGAGCGAAUAUCAUCAACAAUUGUGUAUCUCCUAGUAACUCAGCAGUCAGUAGCAGAGCGUCUCCCAGCUUAAUGUCACCGCCGCAGCAGCCACUGUUGAACGGUCCCACAAGUCUCGGUAAGAAUGCCACCUCUGCCGUACCCAUGAAUAUUGCAAGUACUCAUCCGAUGUCUACAUUGAAAACCAUAGCCCAGGAAGUGAUAAACCGGACCAGUGGCAGUUUAGAACCUGGCCAAUCCCCUAUCACCGGUGGUGCUUUGGUGCAGCAGCAACAGCAACAGCAGCAGCAGCAGCCUUCACAAGUGACUCAGCAACCUCCCGCGGUACAGCAACAGCCUCCACCGCAGCCGGACACGAGACAACCCAGCGGUGGGCCACCGGUUCAGCCCGGUCAGCAGCAGCCUGGAAACCAGCAGCAAUCACAGCCACAACCGCAACCACCACAGCAGCAACCACAACAACAGCAGCCGCCUUUCGCCCUGGUGGAUCCAACAAACAGUGCAAACCCUCUGAUACCUACUUCGUCAUCUACUGCCAUCAGUAACGGGCCGAACGCGAUUAUCAACACGAGCACUAACAUCGUGACGAAUUCUGCGAAUCCUAGUGUGACCAGCGUAGGCGGUAUGAAAGCGAGCGGAACGAACGAAGCGCACAUACCGCCACUGUUGGGUGUAGCACCACUGGGUCCUUCGCCACUGCAGAAAGAACAUCAGAUACAGUUCCAAAUGAUGGAAGCCGCCUAUUACCACUUGCCAUCGCCAAGUGAUUCGGAAAGGCUAAGAACCUAUCUGCAGAGGCAGCCCGUGCAAACACCACAGCACUUUCCACAGCAACAACUUCCACAUUCUGACACGGUAGAGUUUUUCCAACGUCUCUCGCCGGAAACGCUGUUCUUUGUGUUUUACUACAUGGAGGGCACCAAAGCGCAAUACUUGGCUGCGAAGGCUCUCAAAAAGCAAAGCUGGCGAUUUCAUACCAAGUAUAUGAUGUGGUUUCAGCGCCAUGAAGAGCCAAAAAUCAUCAACGAAGAAUUUGAGCAGGGAACCUACAUCUACUUUGACUAUGAAAAGUGGGGCCAGCGGAAAAAGGAAGGAUUCACUUUUGAAUACAAGUACUUAGAAGACAGGGACCUGAAUUGAUCUACGAUGAUUAUGGAACUCGUUUUUUAAAAAAAUAAAAAUAAAAAAUGGAAACCCGAUCAAUAAAAAUCGCAAAAUAUACUGAAAGCAUCACUGAAAAACAGCAGAACUAUUUUGCCAGUCGAAAACGUACUACGCAGUGUUCGAACAACAUCAAAACACCGUUUUUCAAACAUCCUAUCAUACAGGUUGCGUGUUUGCUUCUCGAGUUCUAGGAGCGAUACAAAUACAGCAAUAUUGCUUUUUCUGUAUCAGAGAAUCCUUAUGAGUGAGAAGUCAACGAAUUGCUUUCAGAGUCGGUAACAGUGACAAAGGUCCCAUAUAUGUUCAAAAAACAAAACAAAAGAAAAAGAAUCGAAUGAAAUAUUAACCACUUUCAAACUGUUAAAAUUGGUAAACAAAUUUGCUCAGAACAUCGCCCAAAUCGAAAAUUUACUUUCAAACAAAAAUCACACACAAAUCCACUUGCAUCGUGAUUGUGAAUUGAGCUGCAUGUAAAAACGCGUUUUUGUUUCGUCUGGCUAUGGUAAAACUCAAGCUAAUUUAAUUUUUUUUAUCGCAUCUUGUAUACUGCCAUCCAUGAGAUCGAUGUAAGUUUCGUUAUUUUUUGUUUCAUCAAUUUGUUGUUUCUAGAGUGCCGCUUUGUGAUUCUAUUGAGGAUUCGUUGUUACGCAAAGCAAAAGGGAAGAUCUGUUUAAACGGGUGAAUCAGCCCGUAGUUAUUGUUAAAUGUAUCAUUGAAUUAACCGGGCUUUUAAAUUAUUCGUCAAGAAAGACUUGGAAUUACGUCUUGUAAAGUAUUCUACUCGCUGAGCGGAGAAACCACAUACAAUUAGAGUAAAUCAGAAAUCGCAGAUUGAAAGUUACAAUAACCAUUUCUUUUCCUACUUGUAAAUCAGCAGACAUUUUAGCAUGUAAUGUGUGGCAUCUAGUUUCGCUUAGAGUAACUGACAUUGUGACAAGCUAAAAAGCAAAAAAAGAAAACAAAAAGUAAACUGUUUUUCAUUCGCCAAUUUACCGAGUCAUCAUCAUGAAGUAAGUAGAGAGUAAAUGCGUGUAUGAGAAAUUCAUUUUAUUAAAGCACGUACACCGUAAAAACGCAAUGACAGAUAAAACACACAAGAGUAAACAAAGCUAUCGAAAUAAUUAGAAAAAAAAAAAACGUUUUGAACAAUAUAGUAGUGAGAGCAGUGCUGUUCUUUUUUAUUAUUGGAAAGAAAUUGCUACUUCCGAUUUAGCCGGCAACAGACACCCACGUUUAGUGACACAUGUUGAGCAAAACACACAAGAGUAACAAAUACACACAUUCAAAGUCAUAAACAUCUACGAAAAAAAACUGAAAGUGGUUAAAAUAUGUUCAAAUGCUAUGAGUAAAAAUUAAAAAAAAAACUACCAACCAGAAGAACAAAAACGUGAAACAAGAAAUGAGAAAAAUGAAACUGCAUUGAAAUGUGAUUUAUAAAUAUAGAUAAAAUAAAACAAAAUACACUUAUAUAUAUUGAAAAAACAACAACAAUUAUUUGUUAAUAUUUUCGUGAACGUAACUUAAAAAGCGUAAUUUAAAAGAAAACAAAAGCAGUGGAAUCCACAAACUUGUAGACAGUAAUGAGAAGGUAAAAACUGACUUCUAGU